AUGCCUCCAAUCGAGCGGGAUGCUCCGGUUGACGUGCAAACACGCCACCACCACUCAAAUUCUUUCGACCAUUCCCGCGCGCUGGUCCCCAUGUGGGAUAGCUCAGACCCCGAGCGGGCGCCGCCUCCUCUACCUUUAAACCCCCAGUCGCCCAGCGUCAGCCCCUCCCGCAUCGGCACCUCGCUUGCCAUCCAGAAUGCCCACGCGGCUAUGACCGAGAGAGCCAGAGAGGCUGCCCUGGUUCCAACUCUUGUCAAGCGCAUGACCGUCGACCUCACAGGAUCGCCAGAACGUGCCCUCGUCCCGCGGCCGAGUCCCCACAAGCGCAUGCAAUCGCUCCAGCCCAACAGCGUCAGAGAUCUCAGCUUGAUGAUCGAGGGGUCUCGUGAUUCAGCACGUUCUACAACACCACAAUCUCCAGAGAAGCCAAAGCGACCGACCACACCAUUCGGACCUAAGGAGCCCGAGAAGGAGCCAAGCAAAGCAGACAAGGAGGCCACCACGCCGGACAAUUCAGCCAUGUCCACCAGCCUGACGCCCGUGCUGCGGCCAUCCGCCCGCCGGCCGCAUCACAGUAUACUCGGGGAGAACACCCCGCCUCAGUCGGCCACAAUGCUUGCUCUGCACAGCCACGGCACAUUGACGCCAAAGCCGACACCGGCUCAGCCUUCAUCCGUUAUGUCAUCACCGGCGCAAACACCCGCGGCUCCAGCUCCUCGCUCGGUCGAGAGUCCAGCGCCACUCUCUGUUGUCACGAACCAGUCGUCGGCCAUGACCAAGACGAGCAUACCUACUGCUGAUCAGCUUUCGAAUCAGAUCCUGAGCCUCACGAAUAUCGCGACUGCACUGCAAAAAGAGAUGUCGCAGCUUAGUAGGCGUUCGCGAGACAACGCGACGGAUCUGAUGAGUCUGAAGGAGGCAACACAUGCCCGAGACGAGGAUAUUCGCAAGAGCCUCCGCGAGCUUGUUACCAACAUUGAUCCGACUCGCUCCAACCGCGACCCCUACGACAGGAAUCUAUACUUCGAGCAGAAGGCGCAGUGCACAUCGCCAACGCCAAAGUUGGCUCGGCCAUUCGCUCUCCCAAGAAUUCCCUCGCCAAACAGCUUUAUGGAUAACGACUCGCUACUCAGCGUUCCAUCACUGGUGGGCGGCAGUUCAGAGUCCCCAGCGUCCAUUGCGUUGCUCGAGAAGAUCCUCCGAGAAAUGGGAACCAGAGACGGCCAAGAUUCACUUAUGGGCCGGCUGACUGAGCUGGCGGAGAGACUGACCGGCAUGGCGAGUGUCGCGAAAGUAGAAGAGCUCAUUCGCCAGUUGCAGUCCAACCAGGACAAGGCGAUGAUUCCUGCGGCUGGAGGUCGUGGCGGCGGCGGUGGCGGCGGCACACCGCGGAACAGAAAUCUCAGCUUCGACGAAGGCGACGACGACGAGAGCAGAGCGAGAGAUCUGGGCCUGACCCAAACAAGCAGCCACGGCCCCUUGCAAAUGACGGCAAGAUCGCCCGAUGUGCUGAAUGAUGAGGUCCUCCGUGUCAUCCGGUCCGUCAAGGAUAGCGUGGCUCAAGGAGGAGGCAUGACCGCCGAAGUCAAGGCUCUGGUCCGUGAGCUGCGCGGCGAGGUCCUGGGCAUGGGACGCGACAUUGCUCGGAAACUCGAGGAGGUCGAUGUGGCUGCCAGCGGCAAGAGCGAGCCCGUGAGCAAGACACAGGUCUCACGAAUUGUCGACGAGGGCCUUGAUCAGAUGAAGGCUCACAUGAACCAACUGCUUAGAGAGCACAGGCGCGCGUCGGCAGCUUCGUCGAAAUCUGCCAUCGACUAUGAAGAAAUAUAUAACGCCAUGAGCGCCGCCAUAACAGAGACGCGACCUCGGCGAGACAGCGAAACCGAGCUCACCCGAGAAGAUGUUGUUCAGGCCGUCAGGGAUGCGUGGGAGACGUACAAGCCCGAAAUCCAAAUCGAGCAGAUUGGUCUUGAGCGCGACGAGGUCCUAGCUUGCCUCAAGGAAGGCCUUGCCACCUACGCUCCAGCCGAAAAAUCCUCGGAUGCUGCAACUCGCGACGAUGUCUACGAAGCCGUGGCUCGUGGUUUGGAGUCCUUCGAACCGCCCCAAAUCGAUGCACCAGCAUCACUGUCCAAGGAGGAGAUCGUCGAGGCUGUACGGGAGUGCCUCGAGGAAUUUGAGUUUCCGGUCGCCUCUUCUGGAACCACCAAUGAUCUUACCAGGGAAGACAUGCUGGAUGCUGUUCAGCAGGGACUGAGCGCUUUUGACUUCCCGAGUAACCACAACGCCAUGGUACCGCAUAGCGGUGGCGACUCUGCCAUCAUCGAACGCCUUCAGGACAUUAUGCGAUUCAUGCAGGAGGAGUUCAGAGCUGUGUCGGAGGAGGCCAAGCAGAAUGUGGCGGCAAAUGGUCGUGACACUGAGCAGGUGUUGGAUGCCACACGCGAUGGCAUGGACCAGCUUCGAAACCACAUGGAAAGCUACGUCGACCGUGUCUCCGGCAUGGCCGGCCAGGAACAGAUUAUGGCCAACCUGGUUCAUAACCUUGACAAUUUCCGGGAUGACCUCUCCGUCCUCGUUGGUCGCAGCGCGGACGCCUCAACAGACGCCCUGAAGCAGGAGAUCGAGUCCCUGCGGGAUGCCGUCAACUCAGCCCUCGUUCCCCAUGUCCCGCAGGUUCCUGACAAUCGCGAAGCCCUCGAGACAAUCCGAGAAGGAAUCGAACGCGUCAGACAAGAACUCCUGCGCCCUCAUGCUGGCACCACUGAUAUUCUCGAUGCGUUACACGAAGGCUUCAGCGACCUCAGGGCUACCAUCGAGAGAAUUGGGGACAAGCCUGCAGAUCUCACCGCCAACGACGAGAUCCUAGAUGCUUUGAAGGCAGGACUGGGUGAUGUCCGUACAGAGAUUGACUCUUUGCGGGACAACGGCAAUGAUAGAGCGCUGGCCACCAUCGAGCCUGUCACCAGUAACGCUAUGAUCCCCAUGGACAUCUUGAAGCAAGAUGACAUCAAGAACCUCGAAGUUAUGAUGACGCAGCUUCAAACAAAGGUCGACGCCAUGGAUGGCCAGGCACAAUCAGGCGCCGGCGAAGGCACUGUCAAGGUUGACCUCACAGAUGUGGAAGAUCUCCUUCGCGACGUUCAAGGCAAGGUUUCGAGCAUGGCAACAUCGGAGAUCGAAGAGACUCUCCGAAAACUGCAGGUCUCUAUCGCCGGCAUGGAGGACACAAUCGCCAACCUGCCAGCCAAGGAUGGCUCGAGAGAAGUUGCAGUCACGACAACUGAGACGACCGAGGAUCCAGUCGAGGAGAAGACUGAGAAGAAGGAGGUCGACAGCACUGAUGGUGUAAAGCCUCUUGUAAAUCCUGACGAUGUCGCCACGAAAGAGGAUGUGCAGGCCAUCGAGACUAUUCUGCGCAACACCAAGGCACGCAUCGAAGACGCCAUUGACGGCGAGCAGGCAGUCAGGAAGGACCACGUUGAUGCAAUCGAGGCGCUUGUCCUCGAAGCCAAGGACACCCUCAGCAGUGUUGUGGCGGAGCUGGAGGCUGUCACUCGCAAGGACGAUCUCGUCUCUUUAGAGUCGCUUGUCACACAGAUCAAUGUCUCUUUCGACGAGAUGAAGGAGCGUGCCGAAAAAUCGCUCGAGGACCCGGAGAAGGUCACCAAGACCGACAUGGAGGCCAUCGAAACCUCAAUCUUGAACCUCAAGGCUAUGGUCGAGCACAUAUCUGGUGCAGACCUUGCAGCGCUCCCCACCAAGGAUGAUCUCAAGACUGUUGAGAACAUGAUCACUGAGAUGAAGGACUCUGCCGCCACUGCCGCGGAGGCGUCAUCAAAAGCCCUCGUCGCGAAGGAUGCCGAGCUCGACACCGUUGGUGAACGGGUGUUGGAAGUCAAGUCAUUCCUUGAAGAGUUCAAGAGUCUUAUCAACGACAAGCUCGAGUCAGGUGUCGUCGGUGUUGAAGCCCUGGGCAAGGUCCUUGAAGGCAUGAGCGAAGCGAUGACUGCGAACGGCAGUGUUGGCAAUGACUUGAAGGAGAUGCUCGAGCUGAUGAAAACCGAAUUUGAGGAGACCAAGUCCGGUGUCAUUGGUGCCAAGAUGGACACCGAUGAGAAGUUCCAGCAAACGACCGACACUCUAAGCGCGAAGAUUGACGAGAAGAUCGGAGAGCUCGUCACCAAAUACGACGAGUUCCAGCUCGUCCUCGACGAUCGCGCUACAGCCGGCGAAGCGCGGGACCUCGAGAUGGAUGCCGCCGUCUCCGGCACGAAGGUGAUUGCCGAGGAGCUCAAGACUUUGGUUGACACUCUGGGUACUGCCGUCACUGAGUCGCUUGAGAAGAUGGAGCUGGCUUCCCAGACGGUGUUCGAAAAGACUGAAUUGCUAUAUAGCAAGACGGACGAGAACCAUAUCGACAACAAGACAGAGCAUCAGACAACACGGGACCAGGUCCAGGUUGCCAUUUCAGGGAUCGAAGAGCUUCAGGGCAAUAUUGGGGAGGUGCAGCCCCAGAUCCUCGAGUCUGUCAAGGAAAUCCUGGUGAUGGUUGGCCAGAACUUUGAGAACACCAAGCUGUCCAUCGUGGACAUCCAGCAGAAAAUUGAGGACAACAAGCCUGAGCCGCUCAUGCUUCCUCCGCCACCAGAAAAGUACGACGACACGGAGGUGGUGACUAGGCUUGACAAGCUCAUCGAAGCCAAGUAUGACGAUACAGAAGUCCAUGCCAAGCUCGAUACCCUGGCGACUCACAAGUACGACGAUGCCGAGCUCCGUGCCAAGAUCCAGGAGCUCAUCGACGGCAAGUACGAUGAUGCUGAUCUGCGCACCCGCCUUGACGCUCUGCUUGACGGCAAGUAUGAUGAUAGCGAGGUGCAGUCAAAGCUUGAUGCUUUGAUUGAAGCCAGGUACGAUGAUGCCAAUGUGCACACAAAGCUCGAUGCCAUUAUCGACAGCAAGUACGACGAUGCGAAUGUGCAUACAAAGCUGGAUGCAUUGAUCGACGGGAAAUACGAUGAUGCCAACGUGCAUACAAAGCUCGACGCAUUGAUCGACGGCAGAUACGACGACUCAAAUGUGCACACCAAGCUCGAUGCAUUGAUCGAUGGCAAAUAUGACGAUUCGAAUGUGCACACCAAGCUCGAUGCCAUUAUCGACAGCAAGUACGACGACUCAAAUGUGCACACCAAGCUUGAUGCCAUUAUCGAUGGCAAAUACGAUGAUUCAAAUGUGCAUACGAAGCUAGACUCAUUGAUCGAUGGAAAAUACGAUGAUUCGAAUGUCCACACCAAGCUUGAUGCCAUCUUGGAUGGCAAGUACGAUGAUAGCGAGGUCAAGGCCAAGUUGGACAACAUCUUUGAGUCACGCUACGAUGACAGCGAAGUUCGCGCGAAGCUGGAUGCCAUUGACGAGAAGUGCGACAGCUCAGCGGUCCACGGCAAGCUGGACGACAUCAUCGAAAAAUCAAGCCAGACAGAGCUCCACACAAAACUUGACAAACUUGUCGACUACACUGAUGUCGCCGACAAGGCUUUUGCUCAGCUUCAGACGAUUGACCGGGUCCAUGCACAGGUCACUCAGACGGCUGCUGAACUGACUGCAUUCCUCAGUUCCGAGCGUCAGCGCAUUGCUGACGAUCAUGCGGAGAGGGAGAAGGCUCUUGAGGAGACCACUCUCGCAUUGGAACGUCAGCGUGCGGAGCAGCUCCAUGUCGAGGUUGUCCUUGCAGAUUUGAGAGACGAGGAGGCACGCCUGCGGGAGUCUAUCAUGUCUCUCAAAUCUGAGAACGACUCGCUGAGCCGCCAGCGAACCAGGCUCACUGCUGAUGUCUCCUCGCUUGAGACGGCUCUUGACAUCCGCCGUGAAGAGCUCCAUGCGAUGGAAGGACGUGCGGAAGGACUGGAGCGCCGUAUCCUUCAGGGCGUUCUUGACCAUUCUCGAUCACUCCUGAUGACCAAGUCUGCUCCUAAGGGGCGCGACACAAUGAGUCGCAAGCGGGUGCCUGGUGCUAGGUCCAGCCUGUCGCCUGCUGACAUCGAGGCGCAGAAGCAGGAGACCACACCUAAGCCUAAGACUCCUUCUCGUAAUAUGGUCAAUAUGGCUGUCACAGGCAGCAGGACAAGCUUGGCUCCUCCCAGUCCGGCUAGUGCCAGCCGAAGAAUCGCCAGCCUUAGCCAGAUUACCAGCAAUGUCCCUACUGGAGGCUUCAAGCGCAGUCAGAGUGUGCGUACACCUGGUGGUGCUGGUCUGAGAAAGCGAAGCUGGGCCGGAAGUCAACCGGGGCGCGGCCUUGACGAUCUCGACAAGGAGAACAUGGGCCUCGUGAGGGAAGCCGAGGAGGAAUCACAGACUGCGACCCCGGAACCCACUCAAACGCCCCGUGCUGCAAGCAUCAACAAGAGCAAUACCGUCCUUGCGCUAACGCCGGCUGAAGAAGACGAGGAGAUCAUCGAAGUAGACGAUGUUGGCGAAGAUCUUGCGGACAGUGACGACGGUGCCAGCGAGACGGGCACGCUACGUAGAUCGAGUUUGGGCACGACAGUCAUCACGGGCACCGACACAAGCGGCGCCUACGACGACGAGACGGAUAGCUACUACUCAGAUGAACAAAGCGACUGGACAGAGAGCAAUGUAGGCACCGAGAGCAUGGUAUCCGACAGCGUGGCGGACACGGAAAGUAUAGCAGGGGAAGGCGCCGUGGUGGUGUACAAUGGUUGA